UAGCUUGCUAAUUUGACGACAAAUUGCCAGAAAAUCAGUGGUUUUCAAGUCCAUUGUCAGUCGGCGAGUAACUGCAGAAACGUCGUGAAAAUAUCUGAAGCUUGAAGCGAAGGUAAACAUCCCAGAUCUGGAAUAACGGUUUUCAAUGGUCGUGAAGAAUACCGCGGGCCGACGACAAAACGAUUUGUCAAAUGAAAUAUUUCUUUAUCUGAGGAGGCCUAUAGUCUAGACUGAGUUUAGGAUCAACUGAGCAGUUGUCCUCACAGUGGAUAUCACAGAAAACACAAAAUUCUGGCUACGUAAAUAUAUUUAUUUAAAAUGACAGCGAAUUUGGAGGUAGACGACAGCGACAUUUGCGAAUUCAAUGACAAGAUCGCGUUUCAGGACGCGUUCAAAACAAUCUUAGAUUUCCGUAGAGAAGCGAUAUUCAGUGAUGUGAUCAUCUGUUCAGAUGACAGCAGGGAAUUCAAUUGUCACAGAGUAAUUUUGGCGUCCGCAUCUCCGUACUUCCGAGCGAUGUUUUUGGCCGACAUGAAAGAGAGCCAACAACCGCGCGUCCAAAUUAAAGGACUGGACUCGAGCGCUCUGGAGCAAAUCCUUGAGUUUUGCUAUACAGCCACGGUUACGAUAACCUCGGAAAACGUUCAGCGGUUGCUCAUCGCAAGUGGGAUGCUACAAUUCCCGAAAAUACAGGACUCUUGUAUGGAGUACCUUUUGAAUAAUCUCCACGAGUCAAACUGCAUUGGUAUAUGGAAAAUGGCUGAUGCAAUACAACGGAACCAAAAAAUAAUCGAAAAACUGGAAACGUAUAUUAAAACAAACUUUUCUUUCGUUGCGAAACACGAAGAAUUCUUGGAUUUGAGUUCCGAGCAACUUUUAACUUUUUUAAGAAGUGAAAAUUUGAAUAUUUCUUCGGAGAACGAUCUCUGCACGGCGAUAAUUCGCUGGGUGAGAUUCAAUCCGGAAAAACGCGGCUCGCACUUGGAAGAUCUGAUGAAACAUGUACGGUUCUCACAAAUAACGCGCCGUCAUCUGACAGAUGUGGUUUUAAACGAGGAACUCAUCCUUGACAACCUCUUUUGCCGCAAGUUGAUUUUCGAUGCGAUUCGAUACCAUCUUGUUCCCGAGACUCGGAAAGGAACGUCGAGUGUCGUCGACGGCCGGCAACGAGAGAGAGUGACGAGGUUUAUAUAUAUACUUGGAGGGGAAGAAUCUGGAAGCAUUGUGAACAACGUGGAGUGCUAUGAUUGCAGUUUAGGAGAAUGGCACGAGCUUGCUCCUAUGAUCAUACCCAGAAAGUUUGUUGGCUCUGCGAUACUUGACGACCAGCUGUAUGCGGUUGGAGGUAUCAACGAUCAGUAUGGUGACCUGGUGACGGUCGAAUCGUGCAACCUUUUGACCAAUCAGUGGUCGUCUUUGGCUUCGCUUCAAGAAUGCAAAGGUUCAAGUUCUGUCGCAGUUCUCGACGGCUGGCUGUAUGCAGCGGGAGGCUCAGAUAAUGGUGUCGCCAUUAAAACAGUAGAACGUUACGAUCCGCAUGCAAACACCUGGUUACCAGUCCCCAACAUGAAUUUACCGCGUAGUCACUUUUGCCUCCAGUCCCUCGGCGGAAAACUCUACGCGAUUGGCGGCUACUGCGGCACGUGCGCUAUACCGCAUGUGGAAUACUUUGACCCGCUUGCGAACACGUGGACAGAAAUUGCGUCGAUGAACAAGCCGCGUAUGAACCACGGUUGUGCGAAUUAUGCUAAUAAGAUUUACGUAGUUGGUGGCGCAAAUACCUUCGGAGUGUUAAAUUCAGUCGAAGUUUUCGAUCCGGCACAGAACCACUGGUGCUUCAUUCGUAACCGCCUCAACCCGAGGAGCGGGCUAUGCCUGGGGAUAGUCAAGACAGGAAAGGAUAAAGAAAGUUGCUUGUGGAUACUCGGUGGUCAUGAUCACAAGAACAGAGAUUUUAGUACCGUCCUGAAGUUGAGGGUCUCUGACUUGAGUUUUCAAGGCGAGAUAUCUUUGCCUAGAACCUGUGUGUUUGCAGGACACGCAUCGGUGUGAGGGAUUGUGGUGGAGAGCUGAAACCCAGGAACAGCUCAUCGAUGCGUGUAUGCAGUAAUAAAAUUGUCAGUUCCUUUCCCAGAGAUGAAAAAAUACCGUUCUGGGUCGGCAACUUUUCACACACAAAUUAUUUCUUUCUAUAAUGGAUUUAUGGUAUAAAAAAGAUAUUGCAAGACAAUGCGCUUUCUCCCUAUGGGUACAAGAUUUUUACGAGCUCGAGCGACUGACCUAAACCCUAAAAUAAACUUAAAAUAAGUGGAAAUGAAAGAACUACCAUUUUUUCAAAAACUUAGUGAGCUAAUAUAUAUCCAUAGGCUGUUUUCUGUGAACUAA